CAUCGAGAGGAGUCAGUUGAGGUGGCUCGGGCAUCUAGUCUAGUUAUUAUUUAUUAUUACACGGGAGCCAGGCAACGACAUUUCGUUGGCAAUUUCACUGCUGUGUUAUUGUGCAAUGACAAUAAAGAAAGUCUAUGUCUAUGAUAAUGUGACCUCUGAAAUCAGACAGGUAUUUUGCCUGAUCAAAUUUAACAAAGAACAAAACAGUGACGCCUUGUUAAUGUGACUAAUUUGCAAACGUUGGCCUGCAGGCGUCAAGUGUUAAAGUAGAGCCGAGAUCUCGCUGUAAGGCGGCAGACGGUGGAGACAGAUUGAUAACGACACAUCUCCGGUCACAGUCAUCCUGAGCCAUGCCUUCUGCUGUGGCAAUUCUCCUCAUGAUGGGGGCGCUAAUGGUCGCUUCUGCCUCUGCUCAAUCUUACACAGAUGAAGAGGCGACAACCAUGUGUGCCAGCAUCGAGCUGCAACCAUGUCGUCUAAGGAUCCCUGGGGCUUACCAGCUGAGUGAAAAAAGAUGUGUCCAAGUAUUUACCACGGAAAAGGACUUCAACGCCGCCAGGACGGAGUGUAAAGGUUGGCGCGUACGCGGUGAUGUGGCAGCAGUGCUGAAUGAGGAGGAGCACAAAAAGCUGCUGUGUAUGACGAAGGAGGCGUCCCCACAGCGACUCCGCUACUGGGUUGGCGCUCUAAGAGAACGUAACCAAUUCUACUGGACAAGUGGAGUAUUGACAUAUACUCCGUGGGCUCAGCCGAACUACUCUGAAGGAGAGGCAUGUGUGCAGAUGAACACUGACGACGACGACGCUCAAAUGGUUGAAUUGUGUGCCAACAUGGAGCUGGAAGAAUGUCCCAGUGAUACUAUGUGUGGGGUGUACCGCCUCAAUGAAAACAGCUGUGUCAAAUUAUCAUCCAUGCAAGAGAAUUUCGAAGCGGCAAAGAGAUUGUGCAAAUUUAUCAAGGGUAAAGUGGUCAAAGUGGAAAAUGAGGAGGAGCACAAGAAGCUGCUGUGUAUGAUGUACCGGCUGUACCCAAAGCCGCUCAGGUACUGGAUCAGUUCUGUACGACGACAGGUAAGAAUCCAACACACUGAUGAUGAUGAUAAGUGCAUGAAGAGAUCACAAUGGUUGUCUUUGUUCCAGGGUAGUGAAUUCCGGUGGGUUGAUGGCAAUGGAAAUGUGACAUUUGCUCCAUGGCAUUCAACUCCACCCAGCUAUGGAAGGGAACCGGACUGUGUGUGGAUGAACUCUGACACCUGGGGUCCGUGGGACAAAGGCAAUUGUCGAAUGAGACAAUCUGUGGCAUGUCAGAUACCAAUGUGAUUGUUUGUUCCUCCAAGAGUCAACAAGAGCAGCCACUCACUUUGUCUCGUCGAGAGCAGAAACAUGCUUUUACAGGCAUUGUAAUAAACUUCAAGCA